AUGGUGACAACGCCUACCGCUUUUCUCCGCAACCCAUUGUAUCCAGCAGGGUUAUUCCGAAAAACAUCCGAAGUUUUGAAUGUCGCCAUCACUCUCACGCAAAGCGAGAUGUACCAGGAGCGACGAUGCCAGGAGCGCGCCGAAGAACUGUCAUCGCUAGACAGCUGCGAGUACAUUUGGGCGGGCGGCGUGGGCUUCGCGCGCUCGCCGCCGCGCGUGCCCGCGCACGAAGCCGCUCGCACUGAACUGCUGCGGCUGCUACUUACCUGCUGCAGCGAGACCGUCUACCAGCCCGCCAGCAGGGCCGCCACGCACCAUAACAAGUGGAUCGCAUACCUCACGAGUCCCGAGAAUCGUCACGCGCUGCCGCUGUUCACAUCGCUUCUGAACACAGUGUGUGCCUACGACCCGGUGGGGCUCGGCCUGCCCUACAACCACCUUCUGUUCAACGACACCCUGGAGCCGCUGGUGGAGGUAGCACUACAAAUCCUAAUUGUGACUUUGGACCAUGACACAAGCAACACUCUCAAUGAAGAAACUGAUGAAAGUCUACCAGACAACCUGUUCAUCAACUACCUCUCACGCAUCCACCGCGACGAAGACUUCCAGUUCCUUCUCCGCGGCGUGACGAGACUCCUCAACAACCCGCUGGCCCAGACCUACCUGCCCAACUCCGCCAAGAAGGUCAGCCUGCACCAGGAGCUACUGGUGCUGUUCUGGAAGAUGUGCGACUAUAACAAGAAAUUCAUGUACUACGUGCUGAAGAGCAGCGAUGUCCUCGAAGUACUGGUGCCGAUCCUCUACCACCUCAACGAUUCGCGCGCGGACCAAUCUCGCGUGGGCCUAAUGCAUAUCGGCGUAUUCAUCCUUCUUCUCCUAUCCGGGGAGCGCAACUUCGGCGUGCGUCUGAACAAGCCCUACGCAGCCGCCGUGCCCAUGGACAUCCCGGUGUUCACGGGCUCCCACGCGGACUUACUGGUCGUGGUGUUCCACAAGGUGGUCACCACGGGCCACCAGCGCCUGCAGCCGCUGUUCGACUGCCUGCUCACCAUCCUGGUCAACGUGUCCCCGUACCUCAAGACGCUGUCCAUGGUGGCGUCGACCAAACUCCUGCACCUUCUGGAAGCGUUCAGCACGCCGUGGUUCCUGUUCUCGCGGCCGCAUCACCACCACUUGGUUUUCUUCCUACUGGAGAUGUUCAACAAUAUGGUGCAGUACCAGUUUGAUGGUAAUUCGAACCUGGUGUACACCAUCAUCCGCAAGCGCGCGGUGUUCCACAGCCUGGCCAACUUGCCUCAGGAGCACGCCGCCAUCGCGCGCUCGCUGGCCGCCGGGAAGGGCCGAUCGUUCUCCGCCGCUAAGCCCGAGCUGCCCAGGUCGCGCAGCGCGGAGUCGGUGUCGGAGGCGGUGAUGGAGGGCUCCCGGCCCGCGCAGCCCGCCGAGCCCGGCACGCUCAACCCCACGCUCGCCGAGACGCCAGCGAUAGCAGCCAUGACGGAGCGCGAGUCGGCGCACCCCGCGCCGCCGCCAGAAGGCACGCAGCUACUGCCGCGCCGCAGCGGGGAUGGACAAGACUUAGCAGCGACUACGCCGGAGCCAGACAAUGAUAAGGACAACGACGACGAAGGUGAUAGUGAGCGGAGAGACAGCAUAAGAAAGAACAGCACCGGCUCCGUCAAGUCGUCGUCCGAAGCGAACGCUUGGCGGCCCAGCAGCGCGUGGGUGGCGAGCUGGCGUGCCAAGCUGCCGCUGCAGACCAUCAUGCGCCUGCUGCAGGUGCUGGUGCCGCAGGUCGAGAAGAUCUGCAUCGACAAGGGCCUGACGGACGAGUCGGAGAUCCUGCGCUUCCUGCAGCACGGCACGCUGGUGGGGCUGCUGCCGGUGCCGCACCCCAUCCUCAUCCGCAAGUACCAGGCCAACGCCGGCACCGCCGCCUGGUUCCGUACAUACAUGUGGGGAGUCAUCUACAUACGGAACGUGGACCCGCCCAUAUGGUACGACACGGACGUGAAGUUAUUCGAGAUCCAGCGCGUAUGAGGCCGCACGACGCCGCGGCGGCGCUCACCAAAGCUACAGUCUCCCAGCAUUUACCUUGUUUGCGGUUGUCACGCGCGGCUUACCUUGUUUAUGUAUGGACACUCACGGGUAAAACCACGAAUGGAUUUUGCACUUUGUGUCUUUGGUGAAAGGUUUAAAUCAGUUGAGCAGUUUGUCGUUUCUUUUAGGCGAAUGUACAGCUUGUAUACAAUGUGUGUGAUGUAUAUUCAUAAUCCUACACAUACAAAGUGCAUUUAUUCUACUACGCGAACCAUAUCUUUUCUAUUGACCCAACGUUGGAGUAUAAAAAAAUAUAAAACCCAUAGCAG